CAACCUUUUUCCCUUCAGAGCUUCAAUGGAGCAAUCCAAAACCAGCCCAGCAAUCUCAUUCAACUUCAUCUUCUUUCUCUUCCUCACCGUGUUUUCACCAUUAGUAGCCCAGCAACAGUCCCCCAUUAAGACCAUAGUGGUUUUAGUGAUGGAGAACAGAUCCUUUGAUCACAUGGUUGGUUGGAUGAAGAAAUCCAUAAACCCGGCAAUCAACGGCGUCACUGGCGACGAAUGCAAUCCCAUUUCGACAAAGAACCCGAACCCGCAAUCCAUUUGCUUCACCGACGAUGCCGAGUUCGUGGAUCCGGAUCCGGGUCACUCGUUCGAAGCUGUCGAGCAACAGGUGUUCGGUUCAGCCACAUUCCCUUCCAUGUCCGGCUUCGUCGAGCAGGCGCUCUCCGUGUCGCCGAACCUCUCGGAGACCGUGAUGAAAGGGUUCCGACCGGAGGCGGUGCCGGUUUACGCUUCGCUGGUGAAGGAAUUCGCGGUGUUUGAUCGUUGGUUCUCGUCGAUCCCCGGUCCGACUCAACCGAAUCGGUUAUUUGUGUAUUCCGCCACUUCACAUGGCUCGACCAGUCAUGUUAAGAGACAAUUGGCCCAAGGGUACCCUCAAAAAACGAUCUUUGAAUCACUCCAUGAAAAUGGUGGGGAUUUUGGGAUAUACUUCCAAAACAUUCCCACAACUUUGUUCUAUAGGAACUUGAGGAAGUUGAAGUAUGUCUUCAAGUUCCAUCAGUUCGGUUUGAAGUUCAAGAAAGAUGCUCGAGACGGUAAGCUUCCGAGCUUGACCAUUAUCGAGCCGAGGUAUUUCGAUCUCAAAGGACUGCCCGCGAACGACGACCAUCCAUCCCACGACGUCGCCAACGGUCAGAAGCUGGUGAAAGAGGUGUACGAGACGUUGAGGGCGAGCCCUCAAUGGAACGAGACACUCUUGGUUAUUACUUAUGAUGAACAUGGUGGUUUCUAUGAUCAUGUCAAGACACCGUUCGUUAAUGUCCCGAAUCCGGAUGGGAACACCGGCCCCGCUCCUUCAUUCUUCAAGUUCGAUCGGCUCGGAGUUCGCGUGCCGACUAUAAUGGUCUCUCCUUGGAUCAAGAAAGGCACCGUGAUAAGCGGACCAAAGGGACCAACUCCAAGCUCAGAAUUUGAGCACUCAUCAAUCCCAGCAACAAUAAAGAAAAUGUUCAACCUCUCCUCCAAUUUCUUAACUCAUAGAGAUGCUUGGGCUGGCACUUUUGAAGGAGUUGUUAAGGAAUUAACCACUCCCAGAACUGAUUGCCCUGAGACAUUGCCGGAUGUUGUACCCCUGAGGACAACUGAAGCCAAAGAAGAUGCUGGUCUCUCUGAGUUUCAGAGUGAGAUAGUUCAGCUGGCGGCUGUUCUUAACGGCGACCAUUUCUUGAGCAGUUUCCCUAAUGAGAUGACCAAGAAAAUGACAGUGAAAGAAGCUCAUGAGUACACGAGGGGAGCCGUUUCCCGGUUUAUAAGUGCAAGCAAAGAGGCCAUCAAGUUGGGAGCAGACAAAUCCGCCAUUGUAGAUAUGCGAUCAUCGCUUACAACGAGGUCUUCGAAUCCGUAGCCGGUUGAACUCAAAACCUCAUCCCCCUCUAUAUUUUCUUACAGGUUUUAGAUAUGUAUGUUCUCAGAUUAAAAUUUGUCAAGGAAUAUGCAAUAAAGCUGCAGUGUUUUGGUGAA